GAGAGAGAGAGAGAGAGAGAGAGAGAGAGAGAGAGAGAGAUGAGAGAGAGAUGAGAGGAGACAAAGGUAAAGUGAAGAUAAAGGAAUCGUAGAGGAGACAAAGCACAAUUGAUGCAUCUCUUUCUCUUCCUUUCUUGCUCUUUUUAUUGUUUUGGCUUUAUUCACUACUCACUCUCUUCUUCUUCUUCUUCUUUAUUUUUCAAUAAUCCAAUGUCUCUUUUAUGAUAUUUAUGCUAAAGCUUGCUUCUUUUGAUUCUUUGAAACACCAUUAUUACCUCUUCAAUCAUUCAUUCUACUACACAGCUGUUUUUGAUUCAAUCUUUUUACAAAUUUUAGGGUUUUCUUUUGUGUUUUUUUUUUCCCCCAAAUUUCUAUAAUUGACUCUCACUUCUUCUCUCUGUAUCUUAGCUUUCUGGGGUCAGUUCUUUAAUGGUGUGUGAAAGGUGAAAGCUUUAAGCUUUUGUGUUUUAUAUCUCUAUCUCUCUAUCUGUGUGUGUAUUAGCAAUGGCUGAGAUCAAGAUUGCAAAAGUAGAACAAGGGCAAACGAAGAUUAGGAGUGUUCCUGUAGCUGUAACUCCUGAAGGUUUCUGGUGUUGUCCUUCUCCUGUUGCGUUUCAAAAGACUCUCAAGUCUCACCACUCUCUCACCAAACACAACAAACAGUCUUCUCCUCCUCCUCCUCCUCAACUUCCUAAACCGGAGAAGAAACCGUCCUCAACCACCAUUAGAUCCGUCAUCGCCUCCGAUGAGAUUCAUCAGAAUUCGGCUAAUUCCGAUACCGUUCAUAGUAUUGCUGUUCCUGCGACGGUUCAAGAGAGACCACAGAGGCAAAAGGUUGAGACUUUACCUAGGAAAGUUGCGAUUGAGUUUGGUGAACCUGGAAGUAGUGAUGCUAAAGUGAUUUUAGUAGGGAAGCAAGGCUUUUGUGUGAAGCUUAGUGUUCAUAAGAAAGUUUUGGUUGAUCAUAGUAGUUUCUUUGCUAAGAAACUAGCUGAGAAAGAUUCUGUUUUUGCUUGUCUUGAGAUUGAGAGCUGUGAAGAUGCUGAGAUUUACGUUGAGACCAUUGGGCUUAUGUAUUGUAAAGAUAUGAAGCAACGCCUUAUGAAACAGAAUGUAAGCAGAGUUCUCCGUGUCCUCAAGGUUGCAGAGCUUCUUGGUUUUAGUUCAUGUAUUCAAUCUUGUUUAGAUUACUUAGAAGCUGUGCCGUGGGUUGGGGAAGAAGAAGAGGAGAAAGUUAUCUCAUCGAUUCUAAGAUUAAAAACUGAAGGAGUAGGUGUCACGCCUGUUCUGAAAAGAGUUGCUUGUAAUGCUGUGGAUCCACCAAAAGAGACGCUCUCUCGCAUCAUCGAGCUUGUUUUAAGAAGCAAAGAGGAGAAAAGUAGACGUGAGAUGAAAUCUAUUGUCCUGAAGCUUCUCAGAGAACAGAAUGGUGCCAAUGUAGCUGAUAACUUCAACGAAACAAUCUAUUCCUCGUGCCAAAACUGCUUAGACUCGGUUUUGUCUCUGUUUAGACAAGCUUGUGAAGGAGAAAAACCUGAGACUGAUACUAAACAGAUAGCGGUAGAAGCGGAUAACCUCACUUGGCUGCUUGAUGUAUUAGUGGAAAGACAAGCUGCAGAGGAGUUCUCAGUCACAUGGGGAAAUCAGAAGGAGCUCGCUUUGUUACAUGAGAAGCUUCCUUUAAUGUCGCGUUACCAUAUAAGCCGUGUGACAUCUCGGCUCUUCAUAGGGAUUGGGAGGGGAGAAUUGUUGCCUGCAAAAGACACUCGGCUUUUGCUGUUGACCACAUGGUUGCAACCUCUGUUCAAUGACUAUAACUGGCUUCAACAUGGUUGUAGAUCGUUUGAUGGUAAGCUAGUUGAGGAAGGAAUUGGUCGGACUAUACUGACAUUGCCGUUGAAAGAUCAGCAGAGCAUUUUGUUGUCGUGGCUCGGGAGUUUUCUAAACGGAGGAGAUGGAUGUCCGAAUCUUCAGAGAGCUUUUGAGGUUUGGUGGAGACGAUCUUUCAUUAGACCUUACUCAGAUCGUCAAGCUAAUGGUUCGUGUCAUACAGAUUCGACUUCAAAAGAGUGACUAUAUAUAAAAAAAAGAUGAGUAAUCUUUGUUAGAUUGUACAGUACUGCGUAACGUAGCUAUUGGUUUGCUGAUCUUGGUUUCCACAGUUUGGUUUUGCUUCGUUUAGAUCGUACCAUGGAGAAGGCAAUGUCUUUUAGUGGUCGAUCUUUUUCUUGAUGUUUUGUAAUUUUCAGUUUUCAUAAUGAUGUAUGUACAUUUCUGAUUCGAUUUUUAUACAAUUUUAAAUGUUUUUUGUUUGAA